AUGGCUGAUGUAGCCGAAAAGGGAGCGGCAGCCAUACCUAAACUAGCAGAACAGAAAGAAAGAAAACUUGAAAAAGAUCGUCUACCAGUUGUUGAUGAAGAAAUUCAGGGUGAUGAAAAGAAAUAUAAGUUAAAACAAGUUCUUGGCGAUGGCGGAUAUGGUACUGUAUUUCUCAGUGAGGACGGUCAGAAGCCUGUAGCAGUUAAAACAGAAAAGUAUAGCAAAUCGAUGUUACAUAUCGAAGUUGGCGUCUUAAAGGCUGCAAAUGCAGCGAAAGCAAAGCAUUUUUGUGAAUUAAUUGACUAUGGAUCAAAUAAACCGGAAUAUGUUUAUGUUGUGAUGACGUUACUCUUCAAAGAUCUGCACAAACUCCGAUCAGAGAUGCAUGAGAGGAAAUUCACCCUCAGCACAUCGAUCAGAAUUGCCAUGCAAGCUUUAAGGGCAAUCGAAGAAUUACACAAGGUUGGCUACAUAUCCCGUGAUAUUAAACCGGGUAACUUUGCUCCCGGAAGGCACUGCAACAAACAAUCCAAGAUUAUAUUUCUCUACGAUUUCGGUCUAGCAAGAAAAUACGUUGAUAAAGAUCUUUCACGACGUGACGAUGUCGAAAGUUGGUUCUACAUGUCAGUUGAAAUGCUGAGAGGUACCUUACCGUGGAGGUUGGUGACAGAUCGUAAUGCUGUACGUGCUGCAAAACAGGCAGCCCGAGCCGCUGGUCGCAUUCAGUUCCUCUUCGAGACGCCCAAACAGUUUGACGCAAUCCUCACUAUGGUGGAUUCAUACAACUUUGAAUCUCAGCCAGAUUACGACAAAAUGCACAGUUUGCUAGACGCCGUAAGUUUCAUUUUUCACUCUGAUCUAUCACAGGCCUAUUACGAAUCUGAAUCCUAUGCACAAUAG